AUGGCGGAUUCAUCCGAGUCGCAACACAUGGCCACCAGCCCAGAUCCGGUGUCGAGGAGGGGCGACCUGACCUCCAGCCCCGGCAGAGACCUGCCCCCCUUCGAGGACGAGUCCGAGGGCCUACUGGGCGACGUCACCCUGCCGGGAGAGGACGAGGAGGAUGACGGUGAUGGCGAGGAGCUCAUUGGGGACGGCAUGGAGAGGGACUACCGGGCCAUCCCGGCGCUGGAUCGCUACGAAGCUGAGGGCCUGGACCUUGAUGAGGACGAGCUGUCCGAGCUGUCCCCGGGAGCGCGGGCGGCUGCCGAAGAGGCCAUGAGGAGGCGUGAUCGCGAGCAGGGCCUCAGCGGGCGCCUCAGGAGAGGCCUACUUUACGACAGCGAAGACGAGGACGAUGAGCGCCCGGCGGCCCGCCGCCGCCGCCUGGCCGAGCGGGCAGCAGAGGGUGUGGCGGAGGGUGACGAAGAGGAGAUGAUCGAGAGCAUCGAGAACCUUGAGGACAUGAAGGGUCACACUGUAAGGGAGUGGGUGUCCAUGGCGGCCCCUCGCUUGGAGAUCUACAACCGCUUCAAGAACUUCUUGCGUACGCACGUGGACGAGAGCGGACACAAUGUGUUCAAAGAGAAGAUCAGUGACAUGUGCAAAGAGAACAAGGAGAGUUUAGUGGUGAACUACGAGGACCUAGCGGCCCGGGAGCACGUGCUGGCUUACUUCCUUCCCGAAGCCCCCCUGGAGAUGUUGAAGGUGUUUGAUGAGGCAGCCAAAGGGGUGGUAUUGGCCAUGUACCCCAAAUACGAGCGCAUCGUCCAGGAGAUCCACGUACGCAUCUGCAACCUGCCGCUGGUGGAGGAGAUUCGCGCGCUCAGGCAGCUCCAUCUGAACCAACUGAUCCGUACCAGUGGUGUGGUGAGCAGCUGCACUGGCGUACUGCCGCAGCUGGGCAUGGUCAAGUACAACUGCAACAAGUGCAACUUUGUACUCGGGCCAUUUUUCCAGUCCCAAAACCAAGAGGUCAAGCCGGGAUCUUGCCCCUCGUGUCAGUCACAAGGACCCUUUGAGAUUAACAUGGAGGAGACAGUGUACCAGAACUACCAGAGGAUCACCAUCCAGGAAAGUCCCGGCAAGGUGGCCGCCGGACGUCUGCCUCGUUCUAAAGACGCCAUUCUGCUGGCCGACCUGGUGGACAGCUGCAAGCCAGGAGAUGAAAUUGAGCUGACGGGCAUCUACCACAACAACUAUGAUGGCGCUCUUAACAUGGCCAAUGGCUUCCCAGUGUUCGCCACUGUCAUCCUGGCCAAUCACAUCACACGCCGAGACCAAGGCGUGGCCGUGGCCGAGCUGACUGACGAAGAUGUCAAAGCCAUCGUCGCUCUGUCCAAAGAUGAGUGCGUUGGAGAGAAAAUCUUCGCCAGUAUGGCACCUUCAAUCUACGGUCAUGAGGACAUCAAGAGAGCCCUAGCCUUGGCCAUGUUCGGAGGAGAGGCUAAGAAUCCUGGUGGGAAACAUAAAGUUCGAGGUGACAUCAACGUUCUUCUGUGUGGGGACCCCGGAACGGCCAAGUCUCAGUUCCUCAAGUACGUCGAGAAAGUGGCGAGCAGGGCUGUGUUCACCACAGGUCAGGGCGCUUCUGCGGUGGGCUUGACGGCGUACGUUCAGAGACACCCCAUCAGUCGCGAGUGGACGCUGGAGGCCGGGGCUUUGGUGCUGGCCGACAGAGGCGUCUGCCUCAUCGAUGAGUUCGACAAGAUGAACGAUGCCGAUCGCACCAGCAUCCACGAGGCCAUGGAGCAGCAAAGCAUCUCCAUCUCCAAAGCGGGCAUCGUCACUUCACUGCAGGCCAGAUGCACCGUCAUCGCGGCCGCCAACCCCAUUGGUGGCAGGUAUGACCCCUCCUUGACCUUUGCGGAGAACGUGGACCUGACCGAACCCAUUGUGUCGCGUUUUGACGUUCUGUGUGUGGUCAGAGAUACGGUGGACCCCGUGCAGGACGAAAUGUUGGCUCGCUUCGUAGUGGGCUCUCACAUUAAGCAUCACCCCAGCAACAAGGAAGCGGGCGCGGCUUUGGAGGAGGUGGUCCUGCCCAACUCUUCCAAUGUGGCGCCCGUCCCUCAGGAACUCCUCAGGAAGUACAUCAUCUACGCUAAGGACCGGGUUCAUCCUAAACUCAACCAGAUGGACCAAGACAAGGUGGCUCGCAUCUACAGUGACUUGCGAAAAGAAUCCAUGGCCACGGGCAGCAUUCCCAUCACGGUGCGCCACAUCGAGUCCAUGAUCCGCAUGGCGGAGGCGCAUGCCAAGAUGCAUCUGCGCGACUAUGUUACUGAGGAUGAUGUCAACAUGGCCAUUCGUGUCAUGCUGGAGAGCUUCAUCGACACGCAGAAGUUCAGUGUGGUCAGGAGCAUGCGCAAGACAUUUUCCCGCUACCUCGCGUACCGCAAGGACAACAACGAGCUGCUGCUUUUCGUCCUCAAGCAACUGGUUGCCGAGCGAGUUUCCUAUCAGAGGAACCGAUACGGAGCACGCGAGGACACGGUGGAGAUACCUGAGAAGGAGCUGCUAGACAAGGCUCGCCAGAUCAACAUCCACAAUCUGGCGUCCUUCUACGAUAGUGAGCUGUUCCGCACCAACCGCUUCUCUCACGAUGCCAAGAAGAAAGUGCUCGUGCAACAAUUCUGA